AUGUAUCCAAAGAAACUCCUUGCCUUGUUGGCAGCUCCCUUCCUGGCUCAAGCGGCCAUCCAGCCGGGAGAGCUUGUCACGAUCAUCAGUGCCGCCGGCAGCACCAACCAAGCUGCCUGGUGGGCACCGCUGGACCAGUACGGCGGCUACGACCGGUUCGCCUAUCUUCGCAAGCCGCCAGGCGGAUCUACGAGCAACAACAAUGUCAUGGUGGCGCGCCGCUCCAUGUUUUUUGCGGAAUACGCCGGUCACAACACGCCCAGCAUCGCCUGGAAUUACUUCCGUUCAUCAGCCGCCUACAGCAGCACGUUGGUCGACCAAAGCUCAGAGAUGCCCGACCAGACUGCCAUCUUCAUCUAUCCAAUGGUCAAGCGCGGCAACAAUGGUGACCUAUACUCCACAUCCUCCAAGCAGUGGACGCGUGUCAGUAUUUGGGCCUAUAACAAAGGCUACUCUGUCUAUCCAGACGACAUCCAGUUCUCUGAGGGCGACAUGCAUCUGCAGUGGGAGUGGAGCAAGUAUCCAGCAUCCGCCGUCCGUCACGAGGGCAGCUACCUUCGCUACAGACCGUCUACCGACACCUACCGAACAAUCACAGGCGCCACCGUGUCUCUCCCUGUCACGGAAUCAACUGCUGAUCUCAUCUUCCAGCCCCUCACCUCGGGUGCAAGGUACGGAGGGAACAUCAACACCUCACCAGGACCGGCAUCCCAGAGUGCCAAGCUCGCACUCUAUGAGGUCUCGGUCGGCACCGUCCAUGUAUCAAGUGGCCGUCGAUUCAAGAACACGACAGAUGGCGCGUGGCAAGUCCGACGAGCCACAUCCAUCUUUGGCGCAACCAGUCCAUGGACCCGCGAGAUUAUCUACGCCGGCGUGGGGACGACCGCGUCCCUUGGCAUCACGCAUGACGGCACAACGAUUCGGGUCUACUACUUGCGCCAGGGAGACAGUUCGUACGUGCUGGAGAAGACGGGCAACAUGGGCUGGACGAACACGGUCCUCGCGCCGGCCCAUGGCAAGCGGGUUGAGCGCCUGCACGCUGUUAUGCAAGCGGAUGGGGUGGAUAUCCUGUACCUUGGUUCGCCGACGAAUGUCAACUCGUCGACGGGGAGUGUGUACCGGUUGGCAGUCGGUGGAAGAGCAAUGCUGCUUGUGAAGGGUCGGGCACAAUUCCAGCGGUUGCUGGUUCUCGUGCAGUCACUCAAGGAUAGAGCCAUGAUUCUUAUUAGCGUCCAGUCGCUCCUGUUCCUGAUUCAGUUUGCCACUUUGAACCCGUCAUUGCUGGAUGUUUGGUACUUGGUCGGCGUCGGCAUGCGCAUAUGCGUCGACCUGGGUCUCCAUCAAGAUCCUCGAGACGUCGACAAACUUAGCAUGAGCUUGCUCGAGACCCUGAGGCGGCUCUGUUGGAGCAAGGUUUCUUUCGACCAUUCCAUGAGCAUAGGCUGCAGCCGCGUGCAGGAGAUCACGGAUGCGGUGAUCAAUGUCGCGCUUCCAACCUUUUCAAUCGAGACAACAGUCAACGAAGCUGAGAUCCACGGAUGCCUCCAGCGUUAUCGUAUCCUGCAGAUUCAAUCAGAGACAUAUGACUAUCUAAAGGCCGCGUCGAGCCCAGAGUUCCCAGACCCGGCAACGAUUGUCGCAUGGCUUGGGCAGAAGCUCUCAGCCCGGCACGUGAAGAAGCGCGGCGCAUACAAGUUCGUUAGCUGGACCUUGUGGACAACGAUCAAGGACAACGAUCAAGAACAUCUUGUACAUCCUGCGGACCUUGAGUGA